UAUAAAGUUAAAUAGAAUGUAUAUUGCAUUUAAAUGGCUACUUGGACUUACGUUCGCCAUGUGGCUUUUUGCCUGUAGUAUUGAUGUUUAUUUUAUUUCAUUAAAAGAAAACAACUAUCUAGGUUACACUAGUGCAAAUGUUAAAGAUGUCUCAAAACCGUACAAUUUAAGCGCGCUUAACAAUGAAGAACCUAAAAUGGAUUUAAACAUGAACAUGAGAAAAGCAAAGAAAAGCUGGUUUGGACUAUAUCAUUAUUAUGCUGUACUCUGCGUCGCUGGUUUUAUUAUAUCUGCUGUUAGUAAAAGAAAGAAACUUAUUUUACUUGCAUCAUUAAAAAAAGUUUAUUUUGAAGGAUCUUUCAUGCCUACUUAUAUCAAUUCUGAUUACUUAAAAAGAACCGCCAACGAAACUUAUUACACUAUAUUGAAACAUGUGCUCCAAGUACGCAAUGAUGUCGAAAGAGUAUUUCAAAAUUGGCACGGUUUUAAAUAUUUCGAUACAAAACCUAUAAGCGAAGAUGAUGCAACUAAAGAGGUUUUACUUAAAAAGUUAAAAGAUCUCAGAGAGGAGAAGAAAAACUUGUCCUUACUUCUUGCGGCUGCUAUUUGUGAAAAUAGAAAUAUUGUAGUAGGCUAUCGAAUGGAUUCAAUAACGAAAAAUAAACUUUUAGUACAGACAAAGGAAAAUGAUGGAAAAAGAAAAGAAUGCCAGUCGCAGUAUAUGAACUUUGAACAAUUAUACACCGUAACAUAUCAGGAAAAUAUUUAUUUACACUCACAAAUAAAACAUUUGACCAAAAUGAAGGAAAUUGCCGAAAAAAAUCUAUUAAAUUUGGUACACGAAAUAUGGCUUUCGAAAAAUGAAAAACUAAUGGCUUUUUGUAGUCAAUUUGUUGUUCAAAGUAAAGAAAAAAUAUUAAGUUCAGAUAUAAGGGCAGAAAUUGAAAAAUUUUUACAAUCUUCUAAUUUAUUUGAAAAUGAACGAUUUGACUUGUGUACUAAAGUUGACAAUAAAUGUACAUCUUUAGAAUUAAAGAAAAAAUUGUCUUUAUCAUCUAGUGCACCAAAACUCGUAGGUCUGCCUGGCGAACACAUUUGGACUGUUAAAGAUAGAGAUGGUUUUAUAGAAAAACUUUAUGAAUAUGACUUUGAAACUAAUGGAAACACCAUCCGGAGAAUUAGGGAAUAUUCCGUUUAUCAUGACAAGGAUUGCUUCUUUGAAAAUUUUAGUUCACGGACUAUUAUUCAUGAUGACGGCUACAGAGGCGGUGCUGGGGAAUAUAAGACGAAUUUGAACUGCAAUAGAAUACGAAAUCAACGGUUCUUGACUGGAUCUCAGGCGUUUCAAAUGUUUUUGCAAAAUACACAAAAUUUUAUUAUUCCUGUUAAAACAUUUUAUGGACCUUCGAUAUCGUAUGGUUGA